AUGCAUCUAAAUGCUGAAAUUGGUUAUUUAACAUAAUAAUAUUAAACUUUAUUUAUUUAGAUGUCUAGGGAAGAUUAUGGAUUUAUGAAUUAAUCAACAUUACUAAAAUCAACAACUCCUGCUGAAAUAAAUUAAAUGGAUGUAACAGCUAAAGUUUUAGAAAAGACACCUGAUUAGAUUGCAUGUUUCUUAGAUACGAAAGAAUGGAUAUUCUAUUAGGUGAACAUAUAAGUACACUUGAAGAUCUUAAACUAGGUUUAACUGGUGCAUUAAAUAUUACUUAUCUCCUAAUUAUAAUUCGAUAAAGUACCUGCAAGUUGGGAGAAAUUUGCUUAUUUCUCAAUAAAAGGUUUGGCUGCUUGGUUCAAUAAUUUAAUUAAGGUAGUUUCUAUAAUUAUAUAUUUUUAUCUUAAUAUAAAGUUAAAAGAAACUUUCAGUCAAAAUUCAAUUAAUCUUUUUCAAAAGCAAAAAUUGGUUUAGAUAUGA